AUGGAUACGUCUGAGGGCGUGCCGAACGCAUUGACGGAGAUCGAGUCGCAAGAACUGGAGGAGCAGAACCCGACUUUUCGCAGCGUGACGGAGGGCAUCGCAGAAGUCGCCAGACGCCUCGAAGACAACGCUAAGCGCCUCAAAGACCACGCCGAGCAACUCGACCAGCUCAAGGAAAGCAUCGCCCGGCAGGAAGCGCAGCUUGACCGGAUGCAGGCAGAGAAAGACAGGACUCGAUUCUUGGAUGCGUGCAUGAUCUCCAUGCUGGGCGUGCUGCUCGAACAGGCACUUAAGUAUACGGGCAAAAAAGUCUUCGACAUGCCGGCUAGUGAGGUCAAAAGUCUACUGUUCGAUGACUUAUACCAUUCCGCUCAGCUCUGUCCCUCGUGGAGGAGAUUACCGGACUACUUGCGCUAUCCGUGGAAGCAGGCCAAACUCGCGCACUUUCCUCCGGCCUUCUUCCAGGCGCUCAGGGACGACGACAUCGAGUUCCGACCGGCGUACCGCAUUGUUGAGGGCGCCAAAGCGGUCAAGCACUUGCGCACCAAAGAGGCGCACGGCAGAUCAUUCAGGACAACCUGCCUUGAAGUCCUGGUCAAUGUCGGCAAGGUCGGCACGAGGCGCGCCAACGGCAUCCUUGCCAAUGUUCCCAUCGACUACUUACACGACUAG